UUUUCUUCUUUUUCUGUGAUAGUAUGCGGGAUCGAAUCGUCCGACAAAGCCUCAAAAGCUUGUCGAAUACAAAGACAACGGGAAACAGCGCAAUCCAGAAAGGACUAUGAACUUGGUGAUCCAGAUCUUUAUUUUAAUCUUCCCUCCUUAAACAGAACCAGUGAAGAAGCCCUGAGAAUUCUAUUGAAAGACUCCUUGGAACAACACUGGAUUUGGUUAUAUAUUAAUUCAACUAUCUACAAAAAUUUAGGCCUCUUUCAACUCUUCUACCAAGGAAUAACGAACGGAGAGUUUCAAGACGCUGGAGACUACAUCAGAGCGUACCACUUCUUUAUACAACAUCAACUCGUGACUGUAAAGCCGGUAGGUGUCGGAAAACGUAGACUUCAAGCAAUCUCUCUUUUUCUUCAGAAUUAGUGGGGGCAGUGCAUGUGUGCGCGAGGGGGCCUCCUCUCUCUCGCGCCUUCAGUCACACUCGUGGCACUUUGUGUCUCGCGCGUUUCGCUCGACGGGCGAAGAAAAAAAGAGAGACUGUCCGUAGUCUACGGAAAACGUAAUUUACAGUACAAAGAAAAUGAUAUAAAUUCUCCUUCUAAAUAAGAAUUCAGCUUCGGUGAGUUCUUCCUUUUCUGAAAAAUUGCAGAAGCCGUAUGACAAUGUAUGGUUCAGUGUCAGAGAGAAGCAAUCAUUUAUUUUUUGUGGUCUGCCAUUUUGAAUCGUUUGACGUCAGAAAGUUUUAGCAGUUAAGUCGCUCGCCAAUCCUGUCCCUAAGGUUCUUCUUUCUUCCUCCCACAUGAAAAAUAAAAAGGGCUCCAAAAAGGCACUGUCUGAGACCUCAUGGUAAUCAUAUGUUUUCUAUGCAGAUUAUACCUGUGAUUUGAUCGUUUUUGAAUAACUACACCCCACGCAGUAAAAUGAUUGAUUUGCAUGUGUUUUAAAACUCCACGAGAGAAUUAUGGGACAGGACACAGAGAGGGAAUCUUAGGGAGUUGGCCGGGAUAUGUGAAUUUCACUUAAGUUAUUUUUAGAGGUUGUAAUUUAACAGAACUUUAACUCCUGGGUCGUCCGAAAAUUUUAAUCGAUUGUUUGAAACGACAUCAAGUCCAUGAGCGACUGCCUCAAAGCAAGAAAGGUAGAAUAUUGUAAUGUCGACUGUCGGAUUCUCUCUUAACAACACUAAAUAAUGAUAAAUAAAAUUAUGCGGACCUCUCCGGAAACUAUUUUUCCGAUUAAUUCAAGCGUUAAAUUGGUAUGAAAAUAACUUGGUGAAAUUCGCACAUCCCAAGGGCUAGACUGGGCGUGUCUGUCUUCGUCCCAUUAUUCUCUCUUGAAACCCUUUAGGUCCCAAGAGUGACCAACAUCAAUUUUCUCCUAACAACAUCAGCAGAUCAUCAAGAGUAAAGGUUAUGAGAAUUACUAAAUUGAUUAUCAAAGGGGGAACACUUUGAUCUUAAAUCAAAUUCUCUCAACUAUUCUUAAAAGAAAUGUAUGGAGAUUAGUCUGGAGAUUUUGUAUGUGGAUCUUGGGGCUUAAAAGGUUAAACCCUCCUGAUGAAGCACAUAAAAAUAUUGAAGCAAAGGAAAGAGGUCUACCGGAUGGACCUAACACAAGCCUGGCGCCCUUUUCUCGAAAUUCCCUGUAACGUCUCGGGCCCGGAAAACUGUUUUUUUUUUUUUUUUGUCACGUUGGUAUUCAAGAUCAAAGUUUCAAUAAUUUUGAAAACGAUACAAAACAAAAGUCACCGAGCCUUUCGAGAAACGUUCCCCAGGCAUGGUCCGUUUCGCCAGUUAUAAUCUCCUCUUUGCUACCCAAGCGAAAAGAUAGAUAAUUACUUGCUAUCUGUUGUCGGACUGUGAUUGUUAACGGCGUUCCGUCGUAAUUUUUUUAAUUAACUGUACCUCUCACUUAUGCCCUCUUUUUUUGUAGAGUGACACCAAGUAUUUUCGAUUUCAUUUUCAAGAUGCCAGCAUUCCUUUUAGGAAUCUAUCUGAAUUGGCUCUCUGGAGAGAUGAUACCUUGUUUACUGAUCAGCGGUUAGCUGGUCUUAAUCCGAUGUCUAUUAAAAGGAUUUCUUGGGAUCCAGGUAUUUAGUAAAUAUCCUGGCUUAGCCUUUUCUGAGCAAGAACAAGAACAAUUUUUUUGGAACUUCGAGUGUUUAGUUGUAGUUUAAUAACAUUUAAGGGUGCUUAUCUUAAAUCAUUUUGUUUAUGGGUAUUUUCUUCAGUUUGUUAGAUCAAAGGUUUUUUAUCGCGCUACCAAAGGUUCUACAGUCGGAAGCUUACGAUGGUGUUUCCAAACCGCUCCUUGCCCAGGAUUAACUGUUACUCGUCCCGUCUCUUAAUCCUGGGAACUAGUAGUAGGGAACCUUGGGAACGAAGCUGGGUGUUUCGAUUGAUAUAACGCUUUUGUCUGACACAUUAAUGGGGUUUGAACGUUUAUGUUUGAAUUCCUGCUUCUUGUGCGACGCUACGGCGUCAAAGCACUGGGGGAAAAAAUAUCAGUUAGCUUCCGGUAGUAAUUUCCGACGUCCGUGACGCAACGUUUUGCAACUUUCUCGUUGCUCAAGCUCGCUACAGGAGUAGAGUCGUUGGCCAUUGUAGCGCAAUAAAAGCAACUUUAAAUUUUGAACUCCUCAUUUAAUUCAUUUUCCGUUUGACUUUUUCAGAAAUCAAUGGAGGCGUGGACUGGACCUUGCUCAGUAAGAAACUAAACCCGAAAUUUGACUUGGAAGGAGCGGUCCAAGAUGUGCUGGGGAUCAAGAUUUCUCUCGAUCAGGUUCGUCUUGGAACAACUGAAGUCUUGAAACUAGAUUUAAGAUCACACCUUUUGUGACAAGGAAAACAGAUGCAUACCCUGGCGGAAUCACACAUGCGGUGGUGAUUAAGUAACUGGGAAUAAAUUAAAAUAAAAAAUCAAUCCUGAACGCCAUCAAAAGCUGUCCUUACACUAAUGUCGGUUGUUGCUCUGUGACUGCUGUCGUUGCUGUUAAAUAAAGGUACAUUUUAUUGAUCGUAUUCAUUUCCGGAAUGAGAAUUCGCUUUGGAAUUUGUGACAAAACUCUUCGAUAACAAAUUUUUGGACCGUUAGAGUACUACUUUCAUCUAAUUUAUUAAUUUCCACCGAUGAUCUGGAAUUUUUCUUUUUCUUUUUUCCACGUAUCCUUAUUGCGGAGUAUAACGAUCAAUCGAUCAUACCAAUAUUUUCCUGGGUCAAUCAGUGAAACAAAUUGCACCAAUAUUUCUGUUUCUUGUUUGAUCACAAAUAUGACGGCCGAUCAUUGGAUUUUAUUAAUUGCAUAAUUUUACAACAGGCAAUAUACCAGGGUUACCUGUAUUCUGUUCAAUAUCCUUUGUAUGACGGACUAACAGCAAUGAGCAGAGACCCGUUUGGUUCCUUAAUGAACGCCUUCUCGCCUAUAGCCAUUUUUGCAUCCAAGCCUGGACGGCAAGAGAACAAGCUUAAACCGGUUGCCAUUCAAAUUAACAGUUCCUCGGGUGAGUUAUAAUUAAUCUAUAGGGUAUCUUCCUUGUCCUCAGGCCAUACUCCUCGUUCUAGUUCGUUUGUUGUGGCCUGUAAAGUAUUUGAUACUUUUUGUAAUGGAACGUUUAAUACCUUAAUAAAUUGUUGUUGUUGCUGAUACUAUGAUCUUCGCUAUUCUACCAUAUAACAGUGAAAUUUGGGGUAUGUAUGUCAAACCAGAUUUUAAGACCUGGGACGGCUCACAAAUCGAAAAGACUCAUGUUCAGUUUUGGAAACUUUACUAAGAAGUAAACAAAAAGGCUUCUAAUACAACUUAUAUAGAGCUGAACUUGGUCGUUUUCCUUUAAAUAUCACUAAUAAAUCAUUUAAUCCUCAACUACAUUUUGUAUAUUCAGUCUAAAGAUGAAGAAUCUUUCGUCAAACAGUUUUUUUUAAUGUCAUUUGUUUAAUGCACUGAACGCAAAAAUAGCUUUGACUCUCACUUAAUGAAUAUGUCAGAAUUUUUAACCUACAUGACUUUGAUCCUGGUUUAUUAGAUACCGCUAUAGUAAAAGACUAUACAGGUUCAAUGAAACACGAAUAUAUAUAUCAUAUUGGCAAAACACUCUUCAACAUUCUCAAAACUAGAAUUUUACAGAUCUUUUUAAACCGAUCAUAACACUGUCUAAUUACUUCUAGCCCCUUAACAAGAGGAACAGCCGGGAGAACUAAGAAUAAGCAAUCACAAACAAAUGAUAGAAACUGAGAUAGAUAUACAAUCAAAUUACCUUAGAUAAUAGGUGCAUUGCCCUCUUUGUGGAUCAAAUCUAAUAGAAGACGAAGUCCAAUUUCUUUUCUUUGUUCUUCAUACUCUAUGAUUAGGAAUAAUGUUUACACAAUGUUCACAAGAGUUCGUCACGCGUUCAGUCCUUUGGGGAGGAUAAAAUGCGUGACGAUCCAAAAGAACCUCUGCCGCCGGGAGGCUAGCGACAUUCCGCUAGUUUUUAGUUUUCGUAUCCCAGUGUAAAAUGCAUAUUCAUUUGCUUUAGAUUCCCCAGUGUUUACUCCAGAGGACAGCGAACUCUGGCUUAAAGCCAAACACAUUUUUCAAGUAGCAGACUUUGCCCACGCGGAGGUGAUUGAACACCUUUUUAAGCUCCAUCUUUUCUUGGAGCCCAUAUGUGUAUGUCUACAUAGGCGCCUAUCAACACUGCACCCGGUACACGAAAUGAUGAAGUACCACUGUAGGGGCCUUAUUGGGUCUAACAAAUUUGGAUAUCCAUUUCUUAUGAGUCCGGGCAACGGCUCUAUGGAUAAACUGCUGACAAUUGGAAGCCAAGGAGCAGUGCAGAUGAUGUUCAGAGCUUCCCAGGAAGUGACUUGGGACGACACGGAUUUCUUGGCAAAUAUAAAGGUCGGUACUGUGAUUAAUGCCACUAUUGAACGCUGAACGACUGGAACGAGCCCAAGUGGAAACAUGAUAAUUUCAUUCAGAUCUUUGACGUCCUCGUAAUUCCCUGAAGAGGAGAGGAAUCCCAGACUGAAAAAGGGAUGGAUGGGGCCUUUCAUUUACAGUUAGUUAGAACAUCAGCGAGAGAUAAGUUCCUAUUUAAAAUUGACGAUAGCUCAUCGGUAGAGCAUUUGACUGCAAUUCAGGUUUCACCUAAGGCUUUAUCAGCCUCCGUGUAAACAAAUAAAAGAAAGAAAGAAAACAUACGACCACAACUUCUUCAUCGCUAGUAAAAUAACUAUAAAAAUAGUCUAUCGUCUGUACUAUUUUAGAAUGGUAUCAUGUAAGCCAAGGCCCCUGGUAAGGGUGUUAAUGCUUGAGCCAUAAUGCCAAUAGAUUGACCCGCCCUGUCCCCGGCCUUGUCACCACCCCUCUAACUUGCAUCGUCUCGUUUUUUAAGAACCGAGGGCUUGAUGACAAGGAAAAGCUGCCUUAUUUUCCGUACAGAGACGAUGGACAGCUAAUUCAUGAUACAAUAUCCAACAUGGUUAAUGAAUUUGUCGACCAGUGAGUAAAUAUUCUUUACCUAGAGUAACUACGCGUAACUACUUCAAAAAUCGAAUCUCUAUUCUAUUACUAAGUUUCAAUCGUAUUUCAGCAAGUAUACAUUCAAGUGUCCCAUUAGACUCGAAAGAAUUUAUGUUAAAGGGGUGGCAAUGCCUAGGGGGGAAAUAUGCACGCGCUUAAUUUUCCCUAAAUUAAAUACAAAUGGCAGGGAAAAAAAUCCCCAGGGCAUGAAAAUAAGUAAUAAUUUUCUUGUCUUUUAGUUCUAACUUAAUCGAACGAAAAGUAGUCGGUAUUUUUCAGGGCGGUACUAAUACGUUUACUUCUCCAAGUUUGCUUAAAACCUUUGUUUGCCUCUUAAGCGUUGGCCUUAAAUUCUAUUCCCACAAUUCUAGCUUUCUCUGGAGAUUUACAGCAAGCAAUAAGACUGAUUUACUCUUGCCUAGUCCCUUGGUCUCAUUAUUCUGCUCUGCCAAAGCGUUUCGGGUCACAUGAUCCGUGCGACGAAGUGAGGCCGUUUCCCGCCCGUUUGCUUUGGACACGUCACCGAAGUGAAUUGACCGGGAACGCCUAAGGAAACGCUGUACAGGGGAUUAGGCAAGAUUUGCGCUGCCACCAAGAAAAAUUCGCGUCAAAGACGUUCAUAAUUUAAAACCGCUUUUGGUAUUUGUUAAAUACAAGGUACUAUAAGUCGCAUAAAGAAGUUCAACAAGACUUGGAGCUGCAAGACUUUGCUCAUGACGUUUCCCUUGGAUCCGGAAUGGUGAGAGUUGGACCGACUGUGUGGUUUGAAAAUUGUUUUGUUUUGUGGAGCGUUACUAAGUAAUGCUAUAUACGUAUUUUUUAUUUAACUCUUUUCCCUCAGAUAAUUAAACAAGUCGAUUCUAGUUAUAACUUUAUAAAGAUUUACCUACACAACGUCAAACUUGAAACUUAAAAACUGUUUCUCUUACGUGUGGAAUUUUGUUUGUCAGCAAGUGACCUGUUCCCGCAGUUUCAAUUUUGUUUUGUUUUUAUUUUGGUUAAAAAGGAUGUAAAAAUUAACAGAUUUAUGCAAUGAUCCCUGAUUCAAUCGUAUGGACUUGUUAUUGUCAGGUUAGAAACUUCCCAACGAAGAUCACGUCCAAAUGGAUACUUAAGAAACACUUGACAAGACUCAUUUGGCUGUUGAGCGCUCAACACAGUGUAGUGAAUUACCCAAAUGACCACAUGGCAGCGCUGACACCGAACAUGCCAACCAAGCUCUACAACGAUCCCAGAGUAGGAUCUGAACACUAUGGUGUCUACAAUCUACCACGAGGUUUUACAUGCGGGGUAGGUGUGGUACAUGCAACAUAGCGGGCGUUCAUCUUUGUUAUGCGUUUCCGCUGGUAAGUGCGAAGAGACUGGAAAGCGCGCAGCGUGCAUCACGAAAAUUGCCACCUUUUGUUACACAAUGCUACCCGGCUUUACCUUAGUAGCCUAAGGACCUCUUUCGGCAGGGAGGUGGGGGACCCCAGGUAGAUGAGGUAACCCCCUUAGGUGGGGCAACCCGCCUGUCCAUAUAAUCUCUCAUUUUAAUUUGAUCACGUUUACAUGAUAGCUGGGGUGACCCGCCACAUGUUACCUCACCUCUCUAGGCCCCACCACCUCCAUCUAAGCAGGCCCUAGAACCUAAUACAGAAUUACCAACAACGUAACAGCUAAGAGAAAUCUUUAAGGUGAUGUUACACGGGACGAUUCGCAACGACGAUUUUUUGCGCAGCACAGCGUAGGCAAUACACAGGGUCCGAUUGGGGCAAUUUAUUUCAAAAGCGAACGGUCUCAAGAUAUAACGAGGGAAACUAUUGUAUAGUUAUUCCAUUCCAUCCUUGCAAUGAUGAACCGAAUUGCGCACCAGCUCUCAAAAUAUCUUCUACGAGAAACAUUUAACUUUUGCCAUGAUUUUGCGAUAGACUGCUAAGCACCGAGAAGUAAGAGACAGCUAGCUUUUGAAAGAGAAAACCAAAGAGCAAAAACGCCGGCGCUAAAUUCAUACCCUAUGAAAACUAUUUUUUUCCGAAAUCAGCAAAAAUGGCACAGAGAAUCGCAGACUUUUCGAGGAGACAGCGCAUCUAAAGCAAGAACUUGAAAUGCUUUAGAAAAAUUCCUUUCAUCGAUUUUUUUUAAAACCUUUUUUCCAGGCUCAAGCUGCUCUAUCUAUGAGCUUGGCUUCCUUGCAUUACGACUCUCUUUUCGAUUACGCGGAUCGUCUGCAGGACAAGAAAGGAAGAAACGUUGUGAGGAAAUACUACAGCUACUUACAUGGAUACGUUAAGUCGGCUAUUCAAGCAAGAAACUUACAGAGAUUCAGAGAAGGUCACUUGCCGUAUCCAUACCUUUUACCAGGCUGGAUAGCCAAUAGCAUUCAUACUUAG